ACGAAAUUGCUCUAAGAGCAAACGAGAUGGAAGAUGGAAUUAAUCUAAACACACUCUAAAAAAUGGCCCGGAUUUGCAGCUAUUGUAACAAGAAAUGAUCUUAUAUACAUAUUUGAUUUAGCAAUUUCGCUUCACUUUAUAUAUUUACUUCCACCACGGAAGAGGCAGCAAAACCACGUGUAUUGCGUUUCACAUGGUCCAUGAAGACAACAUCACCAUUGAUGCCGGAUCAAAUAAUGCAAAAGAUACGUGAAGUCCUUGAUCAGAACAAUUGUGACUAUGAGCAGCGUGAAAGAUUUGUACUUUGUUGCGUUCAUGGUGACCCGAAUACAGACUCACUUGUGCAAUGGGAAAUAGAAGUCUGUAAAUUGCCACGACUUUCUUUGAAUGGAGUGCGCUUUAAGCGAAUCUCCGGCACCAGCAUUGGCUUCAAGAACAUUGCGUCCCGCAUUGCUUUUGACCUACGGCUGUGACUUAACCAAACAAACAACGAGGGAAGCACCGAUGCCGCCACUGACACUGUCGCUGAUACCACUCAAGCUGAUACCAUAUCUACUGCCGACUCACAAAUGGCCAGAAGCAGCUCAAAGCUGUCUGAGCUAUCACUAUUAUGCCGCUCAUUAACCAGUCAGCAGGGAUCUCAAAGGCGUAAGAAGAGCAGAUUGUCAACCGGUGUCAAUGAUGAUCAAAAGAAAUCACGAUCGUUAUUAUCAGCUUUUCAUAUGUACUCGCUAUUCAGCUCCAAGGAGAAUGUGAAGUCACGCGAGGUGCUGCCAUGCGAUCCGGCUUCCCCACAAACUGUUGAUAUGCAGCAACAGUUGCCGGCCAGUAAACCAUCAGCAAGAGAGCUACCACCACCACCACCACCUCUCUAUGUUGAUCUAAAUCCGAUAAAUGCCAUUUUGCAGGAGGAAGGCGACGGCGCUGGUCCACCCAUCCAACAUAAGGCAAUGAGCACGGCAAAAAAGGAUAAAAGUGGCAGCGACAGUGAUGGAGGCGGUGGCAACCGAUUAAAAAGAAACACCAAACAUACCGUGCGUAAAUUUCGAGCCUCACGAAAUGGAGGAGGAGAUGCAGGCAAAAAGGAUGCUAGAUCUACCAAUACAAACGAGUCGGCCGGCCCCAGUGGCAAUGCCAUGGAUAACAGUGGCAAUGCCAUGGAUAACGAUAACGAGAAACCAAACACCACACAGAAUACAACAACACCAAUGCUACGCACCACAACUCUCUAAUUAUAAUGGAACAUGGACAUAGCAUUGCAAAAAAACAGAAAGCAAAAAUUUAAUAAUUA